CUUUAGUGCUGAUCGCUCUCCGAACGGAGCCAUCAUGGGCGCCAUAAUUUUCGCGAAGCCCGGCGAGCCGAGAGGUUAUGACAGGUGAAUCAGGUUAGGAAAGCCCGCCGACGCACGCAUGUCCCUCGGUAAACCUCGAUGCCAUGAAGAUUGCACACAACGUGCGCUACAACGACGUGCGAUGAUGAUACGGCAAAAUGUAACGUCGACGUCAGUCUUGAGUUAAAACGAAAUAUGGAUCAUUGUCUACGAUUGGUCGUCUACAGGAGCAACGCGAUUUUCGACAAUGUCAUUGUCAGGCCGCAGUGUGUGCUUAAACAUGAGCAGGUCAACGGCAGUGCUCAACGGAGGGUUGACAUAUCCGCACAGGACCCUUUGGAUGAGCAUACAGCUAAAGCAAUUCGUCUAUGUACGAGGGGAUUAGUCUCCUACCUCGUCUCGACUUACAUCGUUACCUUGUCAAAUUCCUACGUUUAUCGCAAUGCUGCUCUGAGAGCGCUGCUCAGAUGGUUGUACGUUGGAUUGCACGGUAGAAAAUGUAUACAGAUAAUAUUAAUAAGAUUGAGGACACCGAGGAGACAGUUCUUGGAUUACAAAUGGAAUGAGAAAUUAAUGCAAAUGAUCCUGGAGAGGCAAGAAGCUGAUCACGCAAUGUCCUGGUUAUCCACUUUAGGAGGAGCGUUCUCUGCAUUAGGUGAAGAAUUUGAACACUGUGCUGAAAUGGCGGGUAAAAUUUCAGUGAGGCAGUUCGAACUGGCAUUGCGUCUUGAUAAUCCUCUCCUUGUCGCUCGUUGCAGAUUGUAUUCUGCUCUGAGUUUGAUACAGCGUGGCCACUUGAGGGGUCCGCAGCAAAUGAUCAAAAAGAUCUACAAGUUCGCGCUCAAGGAGAAGGACGAGCAUCUGCAGAACAUGUGCCACGGCAUAUGGGCUAAGUUGCAAUACUGUCACAAGCAAUACAAGCAACAGAGGAAACAACUCGCAUCGUCCAAAGUCUCACACACAUCGUCGAACGUUUGGAGCAUUUAACAUUUGUACGAGAUUCGCUUUUGUAAGAGUACGUUGAUAAUAUAGGAAUUGUUUUCAAAAUCA